CCGCCAUGGCCUGCCCGCCGCGCACCCCGCCCAGCUACGGCGGCCGCCGGGACGCCAGCCCGCCGUCCCCCGCCAGGUGCAGCCUCGGACGGAAGCGCAGAGCCGACGGGAGGCCCCGCACCGCCGAGGACGCCGGCCGCAGGCCCGAGAGCUUCACCACCCCUGAGGGCCCGAAGCCCCGCUCGCGAUGUUCUGACUGGGCUGACGCCGUUGAAGAGGACGAGAUGAGGACCAGGGUCAGCCGGGAGAUGGCCAGAUAUAAAAGGAAGCUCCUCAUAAAUGACUUUGGAAGAGAGAGGAAGCCGUCUUCAGGAAGCUCUGACUCGAAGGAGUCGGCGUCUGCGGUGCCGGCCGACCUGGAGACGGACGAGAGCGUCCUCAUGCGGCGGCAGAAGCAGAUCAACUACGGCAAGAACACCAUGGCCUACGACCGCUACAUCCGGGAGGUGCCCAGGCACCUUCGGCAGCCUGGUGUCCACCCCAAGACCCCCAACAAGUUUAAGAAGUAUAGCCGGCGCUCCUGGGACCAGCAGAUCCGGCUCUGGAAGGUGGCGUUGCACUUCUGGGAUCCCCCAGCCGAGGAGGGUUGUGAGCUGCAGGACAUACACCCGGUGGACCUCGGCGUCAUGGAGACCGAGUGUGCGGAGAGCAGCGGCGAGUCCCAGCCGGGCUCCCAGGGCACCUGUGAUGCAUACUCCGGCACACCCACCAAGGUCAGACACGUGGACUACCGGGUGGAAGACGAAUUUGACCUGGAAGCGUGCCUGAUGGAGCCCCAGAAGGACCUGUCGUCCUUGAGCUAAGCGCCUGGGCGGCCGGCUCUUGCAGUUUUCUUAAGGGACCUUGGCUUCCUGCAUGGUGAGCGUGUUGUGCGUGUUUUGAAUUGUACCUGGGCUGAGCCUGGGCAGGUGAGCCAAGGUAUCUGGGGACCAUGCAGCAGCUCCUCCCGCGCCCAGGCUGGCUCAGGCGGGCGUGGCUUCCUCUCCAGGUCCCUGACAAGUUGCCUCCCCCCCCCCACGCGUGUCAUAG